GUCUACGUCCGUGACGCCCGGGUCGACGAGGGCGUGGGGUUUCCGAGAGUGCGCAGUGAGUGCGGCGGCGGCGACCCUUCGGCCUUUUUAGGGAGGGGGCGACAUUGCGAUGGGGGCGGCGGCAGCGGAAGCAGAUCGCACGCUCUUUGUGGGCAACCUUGAAACGAAAGUGACCGAGGAGCUCCUUUUCGAGCUUUUCCACCAGGCUGGGCCAGUGAUAAAAGUGAAAAUUCCGAAAGAUAAGGAUGGUAAACCAAAGCAGUUUGCAUUUGUGAAUUUCAAACAUGAAGUGUCCGUUCCUUAUGCGAUGAAUCUGCUUAAUGGAAUCAAACUGUUUGGGAGGCCCAUCAAAAUUCAGUUUAGAUCAGGAAGUAGCCAUGCCUCACAGGAUGUCAAUGUGUCAUAUCCCCAGCAUCAUAUUGGAAACUCAAGCCCUACCUCUACAUCUCCUAGCAGGCAUGAAAGGACUGUGGAUAACAUGAUUCCAUCAGCACAGAUAAUUCAGAGGUCUUUCUCUUCUCCAGAAAAUUUUCAGAGACAAGCAGUGAUGAACAGUAUUUUGAGACAGAUGUCGUAUGGUGGGAAAUUUGGUUCUCCACAUCUGGAUCAGUCGGGAUUUUCCCCAUCAGUUCAGUCACAUAAUCCUACUUUUAACCAGUCUUCAAGCUCCCAGUGGCGCCAGGAGACGCCAUCCUCACAACGUAAAGUCAGACAGAAUUCUCAUCCCUACAUCCUGGACAGACAUUAUAGCCGUGAACAACGCUACACUGAUCAUGGGUCUGACCAUCAUUACAGAGGAGGCAGGGACGACUACUUCCAUGAAGAUCGGAAUCCUGAUGGCUGGAGCCUCGAUUAUGAAAACAGAAGAGACAGUAGUAGAGAUGGAAAAUGGCGUUCGUCUCGACACUAACAAGUAUUAAAGGACGAUGUUUUUAUAGGGUCAUUCUAGGUCCCUUUGGCUGAGUUGAUCUGGAGGUGUUUUGUUAACUUUACAGAGCAGCUUUACAAGUUGCCACAUUUCUUUAUAAAAUUUUUAAAACCUAUAGCUGCAGUCUAAUAACAGAAAUAAGAAUUGUGGUUCCAGUUUUAUUACAUUAAUAACCUUUCACCUCAGGGUUUUAUGAAGAGGAAAGGGUUUUAUGCAAAAGAAAGUGCCACAGUUUCUAAUCAUUUUAGACAAUUAAUGAAGGGAUGUAUUAUAUGGAUUGGUUGUAUUAUAAAGCAGAUAUUUUAAUUAUCUGUUAUCUUUUUGUAUUGCAAGAAGUUUGUUGUCAGUGAAUCAGAUUUUGGUGUAUAUAAUAGAAAACAUUCAAGUUUUGAUAGUCUGAAAUGACUGUCAGUAUUUUGUUGAUAAAAGAAAGUAAUUUCAGUGACUCAUUUUACUUAAAACUUAUUGGGGUUUUAAGGGGAUAAAUCAUAUUUGACUUCUUAGAGAAUUUUUAGUGUAAGUUCUGUGACAUGCUCAUUUGAGUUUUACUCUAAUUGAACAUAAAAUUGUAAAUCUGUACAUGCUGUCUUAUUCUAAAAAUUUUAAGAUUUACUCAUUAAGUCAUGUUUGAUGUAUAACUGAAGUUACUCAGGAAGUUAAAUAUCUCUAAAUGUAUUUUUUUACGUUAAACAAAUACAGUGUUAAUAUAAAUCCCCUUUUCAGGAAUAACAAAAAUGUAAAAGCAGAGGUAAAAUGGUAAAAUGUUUUACUGAAAGUAUUCUUUUUGCAAAAAGAAGGUUCAUGAACCGUUUAAGUGCUGCCUCUGUUACUCAAAACUUUAAAAACUUUAACAUUUUCAAAGUGCCCAGGACAUGUGUACAUGGGUAUGUUUUAUUGUGGAGAUUGUACAAACUGCUUUUUUGUUUGAACGUUUGAAACAAUUUAAACUUUUUCUGAUUUAAAAAUUUUUAAAUCUUGUUUAACAAAAUUGUGUAUCAAGAUGCUGUUUCCCAUUUAUUGUAGAACUUGUUUAUAAAAAAUCAUUCCUUGAAAAAUUUUGAUCCUUUUUAAUAUUAGUAACCACAGCAUUUAUACUGUGUUCUUUUUUAAUAUAUUGAAAACCUAAAAACGAGUGUGUCUUAUUUUUUUGACAUUACUAACUUUGGAGACCAUGUAUACAAAGUUAGCAACAUACUUUUAUUCAGUGAUGGCCUGGUGUUAAGAACGUUGGUUCUUAGAGCAUCCUGAAAUAUUCCUUUUGUACAUAUUGAAAUUAAUAUUUUAGAAUCAGAUUUUCAGUGAUCUGGAUUAUAGUUCUUACCAGUUAUGAACUGGUCACCCUCCUUAGUCCCUGGGAGUUCACGUACUCUCAGGUCUUCCCUGUGUGUAAAUGCAUGCCGUUUUUCGGUAAGUGGAACUAUUGACUCCGCAUGAUUAAAAGUUUGUUUGCUUACACAGUUUAAUAGUAGAAGGAUUUGUUUGCAGUGAGCUUGUUCUCCAUUAUCUUACCUAUGUGAAUAUUUGGUAGCUUAUAGAGAUUAACAAAGAUUAGUACUGCUUUAUUGCAAGGUAUCUCUGGGUCCGAUCCUUUCAUAUUGAUUCAUAGGUAAUCCUGGUUCAGGGUAAUCUUUUUUAAUGAUUUUAAUGACGGGGCACACCCCUUAGGAGGUUCCAGUGGAUCUCUUUCACUUCAAUCCCACCCAGUUGAAAGUAACCAAACUAAUAAAUGUACUGGGUAAAGGGACAGAACGAGAUGGUCCCAACAAAUUGGACAUAGUUGGGGAGCUCGUUCACCCAGGCUUGAGAGCUACAGUAGAAAGGAAGAGGUGUUUUUGUGGGAGCACGGUUUCUCCCCAAGGGUGUGGCACGAAAUACCACUCUGUUCUGUAAUGAAGUGUUGGGUAAAUGUUCUGUACUGACAUGGUGUAACCUUCUCUUAGAGAGUGGCAACACCAUAAAGCUUCUGACAAGUACUGCAGUAAAGAAAUCUUUAUACUUAGUAUUCCAAACUUUUUUGACCCUUAUUUUACCCUUUUGUACAUAACACAUAUUAAUAUACUAAGACCUCUAAAGAAUCUGACCCCACCCUUCUCUAUCAAAUCAGUCAAUAUUUUUGGUACCACUUUCUAGUUCUGUUGUGUAGGCCCAUAUUCCUCACACCUACUGCCUAUCAUGCUAGAAGGGGCAAUCCUACUCUUCCAGGAUUAUUCUAUCAGCACCCUACUGUAGCAGUUUGUGUAUUCCAAUAGUACCCUGUAUUUCGCUUGUCGUAGCCUUAUACUGUGUUAUAAUUUUCUUUUUAUUUGUAUCUCUCUAGAAAGUUCCAUGAAGGCAGAAACCAUAUCUUACCAGUGAAUUCUCAGUAUCCAGUACCUGGCAUUAAAUUACUUGGUAAAUUUUUGAUGAAUGAAUGAAAGAAUGUUUGUCAGAUAAUUGAAUUAAAAAAGGAGGCUUAAUCAUAGUAGUAGUUUUUUUUUUAAUAGGUUUCCUAACCAUGAACCAUCAUUGCAUCCUGUUAUAAAAACUCUGUAUUACAAUAUAUUGUGCCUUUAAUACACUCUAGAAUUCUAUUUGCUUUCCAAAAGUGUUAAGGUUUUGAUCUGUAUUCAUGAGGUUUUCUUUUAAAAAUUGUUUUAUUAUGUUGGUUUGGUUUUGGAAUUAUGGUUCUGCUAGCUUUAUAGAAUGAGUUGGCAAGCUUAUCUUGUUCUAUGCCCUGGAAAGAAAAUUGAAAAAUAUAGGAAUUAACCUGUUUCUUUAA